AUGUAUGCAGUUUUGCAUUCAAUACUCGUUUUCCCGACCAUUGAAUCGAUGGGAGAGACUUCUGAAGCCAUGAAAUAUGGAUUUCUAUUUGAGUGGUUUAAAUAUCCUCUUUUAGGCGUGAGUUAUAUAUUGGACCGAUUGAGCGAUUAUUGGAAACAACAAUUGGUUACACUUGUCUUCAAAUAUGGCGGCCAUAGAGAUGUUCCCGAGUGUGUCAUCACUUCGGCUACAAAUUUAAUGCAUCCAAACUGUUUGCGAGCAUUGAUUCACAUGAGUCUCAUUGAAUUCAAUUCGUGCAGAUAUCAUGACAUUAUUUAUAACGGGAAUCAAUUGCGAACCGACCGAACACAGGCCGCCAAUCGGGUAAAUCACCGAUUUUUGUAUGGCCACAGUUGGGGUAGCGGUCAGUGUUGGCCAAUGAAUACCAUUUGGUUUUAUGCGUUGAAUAAUAAAGGUCUCAGAAGAGAAAGGGUCAAUGAAUUAAAUAGAGAAGCAAUUGAUAGAAACGAAGAAAAGUUGUCGUUGUUUUACGGGAAGCGCGACCAGUGGUGUCCACAAGAUUACUGCCAUCGCAUUCAGCACUUGUAUCCCAAUUGUGAUAUAAGGCUUUGUUUGGAUGAUAUGAACCACGCAUUUGUUAUGAAUAGAGAGUCCACUGAAAUGACACCGGCGGCCGCCAUGUGUUCAGAUGAGGUGACCGGUUGGAAACCCACGAACGGAAUUUGCAUCGAUAACAAAGUGCCCAAACAGUACACCUGA